AUUAAUCCAUUAAUAUAUAUUAUUACCAGGUGUCCAUUAUUAUUAUGGCUUCUCCUUCAUUAAUGUUACUUAUAAUUAUUAUUGUUUCAUCCAUUGCCACUCGGGGGAAGGGACUGAGCUCAAACUACUACGAAACAACGUGCCCCCAGGCUGAGGCUAUUGUCACAGAGGUUGUCAACAAAGCAUCCAUGGCUGACACCACUGUUCCUGCUGGAUUACUAAGGAUGCAUUUCCAUGAUUGUUUCAUUAGGGGGUGUGACGCAUCGGUGCUUUUGGAGUCGAAGAAUAAGAACAGUCCGGCGGAGAAGAAUGGCCCCCCAAACGUGUCUCUCCAUGCAUUCUUUGUCGUUGACGACGCUAAGAAGGCCGUGGAGGCCAUUUGCCCCGGCGUGGUCUCUUGUGCUGAUAUUUUGGCGUUUGCCGCUAGAGACGCCGUCGUCGCCGCAGGGGGGCCUUAUUGGGAGGUCCCAAAGGGACGAAAAGAUGGGCGGGUAUCCAAAGCUAGUGAAACCAUACAACUGCCUGCCCCAGCCUUUAACCUUUCCCAGCUAUACCUUAGCUUCUCUCUGAGAGGCCUUUCCAUGGAGGACCUUGUGGCUCUCUCAGGCGGGCACACGAUAGGUUUCUCCCACUGCUCAUCCUUCGACAACCGGUUGCGCAACUUCAACGCAACAAGCGACGUGGACCCCACGCUCAACCGGGCCAUGGCAGCCCAGCUGAGAGGCAUUUGUCCGCCGGGAGGCAAUUCCAAGAACGCGGGAACGGGGAUGGACCCUUCUUCAACGACGUUUGACAAUAACUAUUACAAGCUGCUUUUGCAAGGGAAGGGCCUGUUCUCCUCGGACCAGGCCCUUCUUGCAAAUCCCAAAACUAGAGCCCUUGUUUUGCAAUAUGCUAGCUCACAAGAAGCUUUCUUUAAGGCCUUUGCAAAUUCCAUGAUCAAGAUGAGCAGCAUCACAGGGGGUGAGGGUGUUAGAACUGAUUGUAGGGUAUCUAAUUAGUAAUUAGGCAUGCAAGCAUUAUUAUUAAUUACUAUGAUGUUUAAUUGGUAUGGCUAUGGAUGGAUGAUUUUAUAUGAUGAGUCCCCCAAAAUGGGGUGUUCAUUAAACAUUAACCUUCCAUGAAGUGAUUUGCAAUAACACUUUGUCAUGUCAUUAUGUGUGCAACUAAGUUUUUUGUCCCUCCAUUGUGAAACACUCCCUCCCUCUACAAAUUUUCUUCGCGUUGCGCGCUACGAUAUUUGGAUGAAGUUAUUUCUAAAUCAUUUUAUAUAAAUAUUGGUGUGAAGU